AUGAUGACCAUAUCUCAACUUCUCAGCAGCUUGUUCUUUUUUUCAGCGUUUCUCGGAUGGCCCCUUUCUAUUCAAGCUCGAUCGAUAGAGCGGGCUGCCUCUGGUGACCAUGUCGAGAAGGAAAAGAUUCUCCAACAGACGUUUGACAGCCCCCGACCAUUUUUUGCUAUUGCUCACCGAGUCCUCAUGGACUACGGCGUUCGAGACGCUCUCAACCACAGCGCUAAUGCCCUUGAAAUCGACAUGACGGCUUGGAGUAGCCAGUGGUAUGCCGAUCACGAUGGGACGCUUACCUCUCGAGGCGACACAGCAGAACACAUGUUUAGUGCCAUUGCACAAGAGCGGCGUGCUGGCAAAACCGCCAUAUUUGUCUGGUUUGAUCUCAAGAAUCCCGACUACUGCGACGACCGCUAUCCGGCGUGCAAUAUCGAAGCGCUGAGAAACCUAGCCCGGGAUAUUCUACAGCCUGCCGGAGUGAAGGUGUUGUAUGGGUUUUACAGCUCGCAGACUAGCGGGCGGGCAUACCAGGUCAUCAGCCAGGGCUUAAACAGCAAUGAGGCAAUUGGUAUCGACGGGAACGUGGCUGAUGCCAACCAAGUUUUUAAUAGUAAAGGUCCGGCCUCUAUCAAGAACCGAGUCUAUACCAAAGGACUUUUUGAUCCGGCGUGGAACUUUGGCAACUGCGAAAGUAGUGGCAAUCAGAUUUGUCCACAGCUCCGCGAGGGUGCUCAGUCGAAAAACUUUGGCAAAGUUUUUGGAUGGACGAUUGCGGAAAACAACGGAAAACAGGCAGACCAACUGAUGGGCGUUGGUGUGGACGGUCUCAUCUACGGAUUCGUGGCCACGCAUUACUACGAUCAUGCUGACACGAGGGCUGCAAGGAAGAUUCUUGCAGAUUGGCUUUCUAAGAACCAAGACAAAGCCUAUCUUGCAACCCUGACGGACCAACCUUGGUGA